GAGAAGGUCUUCGUGUCUUUAAGCUUCCAGAGCCUGUGUUAUGGAAAGUUUGGAUGGAGAACAUGGUCUGUCUGAUGCUUGCACUUUCAGGUAUGAACAGCCUCAUGUAUAGCAGUCAUGCUCUGUGAGGAGUCAUCAGCUGGACCCAGUGCUGGUCCGGAUUCUGUGGUUCUGGUGAAACCGGAUGCUGAGACCUCCACGGAUCCUGUACAGGAGGCCAUUCACAGUAGCACUUAUGUUUCUUCUGUGAUCCCUGUACACGGCGGCAUCAGUCUGAACGCUGACGAGCCGUUCUGUCGUAUCUGUCACGAAGGCAGCGGCGCGGGUGAUCUGUUAUCUCCCUGUGAGUGUGCCGGCUCUCUGGCGAUGGUGCACCGUGUUUGUCUGGAGCGCUGGCUCACGGCCUCCGGUACCAGCCACUGUGAGCUCUGCCACUUUGAGUUCGCUCUGGAGAGACUUCCCAAACCGCUCACCGAGUGGUUCACCACACCUUCCAUGCAGCAGCAGAGACGGACGCUGUGCGGGGAUGCCAUAUGUUUCCUGUUCAUAACACCCUUAGCGUGUCUGUCAGGUUGGCUGUGUGUGCAGGGAGCCAUGGAUCUGUACUACAGCAACAGCAUGGAGGCCGUGGGACUCAUUGUUCUCACACUGACUCUCUUCACUAUUUACCUCUUCUGGACUGUUGUAUCCCUACGUUACCACAUUCAUCUCUUCAGGAUGUGGAACGAGACAAAUCCCAGCGUCCGGCUACAGAUUCCCCAUCCUGUGAAGUCACACCUGAGACCAAAACAUCUAACAAUGCACUUCUUGUGCAAAUACAAGAAUAAGGAGACCAUGGUAUAGUGCCUGAAACAUCACCAGGAAAAAAACAGCCGGCUACUUCAGAAAAACCCUGAUUUCAUGAUGUCCUGAUUUUGUGUGAAGCCCUGAUUUCGAUUCACUCUUAGAUCUGGAGUGACAUUCUGAUUUGGGACUCACAUGCUGAGCUGAAGCGAUGUCCUAAUUUAGAGUGAAACCCCUUUGAAGUGGAUGGUUUCAUCUUCACUUGUGUUUUUAAAUAAUGGAAGACUUUAAACAAGGAACAUUUCAGUCAGAAAAUGUCAGCAUCUGAAAUGCAUGGAAAUGCAGGAAAAGAACAUGGCUUCAUAAAUAAACCAGAGAAAAAUGGUGUUGAGAUUAUAACGAUUUAUACCUGCAGGUUUUACCUUACAAAACUGCUUCAUAAUUAUUCAACAUAAUAUAUAUCUAGAGGAACAUACAGUGGAUACAGGUAAGACGAUCAUAUAGCUAUAUAGAUCAUUUCAUUACUGUAAAAUGCUUUCCUUCCAUAAAACCGGAAAAACUGAACAUUUAAUCAUCUUUUAAUCAUUUGAUGUUGUAGCUGAAUUGAAAAGCCUAAAACAAAUCCUUUGUACAUCGUGUGCAUUGUAAAUGUCACAUCAGAAAAUCCAACAUGAGAAAAUAUACACAACCAUUUUUGAAAUAAAUUAAUACUUUUUUUCAGCAAGGAGGAGUUAAAUUAAUC